GUUGUAUCUAACCAGAAGGCUGAGUAUCGUCAUUCUGCCGACUGACUGCUCUCUAGCUCUGCAGCCAACAGGAACUUGUCUGUGGCUGGCCGGUUGUUGUGUUGACCCUGGGGGAGUUUUCUGAUCCUUGGUCUGCCCCAAUGGAGGAAGUUGGACCCCAAGAGGUGUCGGCGGUAGAGGAGGUAGCAGAGGUGAAGCAAGUGCCAGUGGAGAGUAACAAUGGCAGGAAGCCAGAGAGAGGAGGCCCCAGGAACUCUGUGUUCACCUGGUUUAUGGUGCUAGCUCUGCUGGGGGUGUGGAGCUCUGUGGCCAUGGUCUGGUUUGGCCUGGUGGACUACGACUCUGUCAUAGCCAGGGCAAGACAGUUCAGAGGGAACUUCUCUGAGGUUCUACAAGGUAAACUGUGGGCGUACGACGCAGACGGAGAUGGGGACUUUGACGUUGAGGACGCCAAAGUUCUCCUCGGCCUGGCCAGAGAGGGCUCCUCUGGUGACAGCGCUGAGUCACUAGAGGAAGUGCUUGAUAUUUUAGCGGAAGAGGGUUCCGAUUGGUUUUAUGGCUUCUUCACAUUUCUGUUUGACGUGGUGACAUCGCCGGUAGAGAAGGGAGAAGAAGAGGAAAGGGAGGAGGCGGCAGAGGUGGGCGAUGAGAAAAAGCAUCUUACCGCCAAACGAGAGAAGCUGGAGAAAGAAGACAAGAUUGCUGUUAAGAAAAAAGUAAAAAAUAAAGCAGAUCAGGGCCCUGGAGAAGUUGUUUCUAUAAAGAACAAAUCCAAAGGGCUAAAACGGAGGCCUGUGUCCGUGGUCCAGCCUGCAGACCCCCAGCAACAGCCAGAAGAGACAGAAACAAGCCAUGGGGAGGAGCCCAAGGCAGGGACCAAUAAUGUGGCUGUCCAGGAUGAUGUCCCUGGUCUCACAGUGGAGGAUGAUGUGGAUGGAUCUCAGAUGUUGAAGUUGGAGUCUGAAAUCCAAGCUGCUGUGCCACUGCCUCCACCAUCUGAGGAAGAGUUUGUCCCAGAUGACAGCAGUAAACAUUCUGUUCUAGAUGAACACCCCUACGAAGACAAGCUGAACACUAUUGACACCAAAGGAGUGCUGGUGGAGGAGUCCCAGCCACAAGAGACACUAGAGGAGUCUGGGCCAUAUGACGACCAGUCAGGAUCACAGUAUAUUCAAAAACCAGUGUCUGAACCAGAACCACACACAGAGCCAUCUUCUGAAGCCCAGCCCCAGGGAGAACAGGAGCCAGCAGCAGAACCCCAGGCUGAACCUGCAGCCACAGAAUCAACAGGAAGUGUUUCAGAGCAGCCAGAGGAGAAGCUGAUAGACAAAGUUAAGAAGAAGAAGCCCAAACUGCUGAACAAGUUUGAUAAAACCAUCAAGGCAGAGAUCGAGGCAGCAGACAAGCUACGGAAAAAGGGUAUUGCAGAAGAGGCCGUCAGGGCGUUUGAGGCCCUAGUCCAACAGUACCCUCACAGCCCCAGGUGUCGCUAUGGGAAAGCUCAGGCCGAGGAUGAUAUGGCUGAGAAGCAGCGCAGUAAUGAGAUGCUCCAGAAGGCCAUCAACACGUACCGGGAGGCGUCAGAACUGCCCAGCGCCACACCAGACCUCGUCAGAGCCUCGCUCAAGAGGCGUGCUGAGAGACAGCAGUUCCUAGGUCGUAUGCGAGGAGCUCUGGCCACCCUGGAGAAGCUGGUGCAGAUCUUUCCUGAGGAUUUGAGCCUGAAGAAUGACCUGGGGGUGUCUCACCUGCUGCUGGGGGACAACCACAGCGCCCGGAGGGUCUAUGAGGAGGUGUUGGCUGUUGCCCCUGACGAUGGGUUUGCGAAGGUUCACUACGGCUUCAUCCUCAAGUCAGAGAACAAAAUAGCAGAGAGCAUCCCAUACCUGAGGGAGGGACUGGAGUCAGGUGACCCAGGAACAGACGAUGGAAGGUUCUACUUCCACCUAGGAGAUGCCCUGCAGAGAGUGGGAGACAACAGCGCCUAUGAGUGGUAUGAGCGGGGCCAUCAGAGGGGUCACUUUGCGUCGGUGUGGCAGAGGUCCUUGUACAACGUGAAGGGCCUGCAGGCACAGCCCUGGUGGACACCCCAGGAGACCGGCUACACUGACCUGGUCAAGGCCCUAGAGAAGAACUGGCGUGUGAUCAGGGACGAGGCUCUGUCUGUGAUGGACACAUCCACAGGCCUGUUCCUUCCUGAAGAGGAGAACCUCAGAGAGAAGGGGGAGUGGGGCCAGUUCACACUCUGGCAGCAAGGGAAGAAGGCAGGGGAGGCGUGUCGCAGCGUUCCCAGGACCUGCUCUCUACUGGAGCGCUACUCUGAGGCCACAGGCUGCAAAAGAGGACAGAUCAAGUUCUCUGUGAUGCAGCCAGGUACCCAUGUGUGGCCUCAUACUGGUCCUACUAACUGUCGUCUGCGGAUGCACCUGGGGUUGGUCAUCCCCAAGCAGGGAUGCAAGAUCCGCUGCACCAACGACACCAGGGUUUGGGAGGAGGGGAAGGUGCUCAUCUUUGAUGACUCGUUUGAACAUGAAGUGUGGCAGGACUCGGACAGCUACAGACUGAUCUUCAUCAUAGACGUGUGGCACCCAGAGCUGAGCCAGCACCAGCGGAAGGUGCUCUCUCCCAUCUAGACACCCGGAAGAGCUCCAGACCUGCACACUGCUGCACACGCAGGCUUCAGGGCCUCUCUUGGCAGGGUGGGACAGGGGCAUCUGGUCACUGUUAGGAUGUCUCACAGCAGAGACUGGGACAUCUGAGGCCUGGAGAGGAGCCCAGAGCCUGACUGUGUGUGUGUGUGUGUAGGUGUUUGUGUAGGGGUGUUUGUGUAGGGAAGUGUAGGGGUGUGUGGUAGUGUGUGCGUGUGUGUGUGGUGGUGUAUGCGUGUGAACCUGCUUCCUGAAACGCCAUGUUGUCAGCACCUGCUGGACGCACUGUGCUGCCUAGAGGCCAUGCUGGAGAACCUACCACUUGGUGGAUCACUCACUGACUGACUGCUUACUGACUGACUAGUUAGUGGCUGACUGGUUAGUUGCUGACUGGUUGCUAACUGACUGGUUGCUGACUGACUGGUUAGUGGCUGACUGGUUUCUGAGGUAUCGGUAGAUAAUGUCAGCUUGGUUAGACCCAGCGAAAAUAGGGCUUGUUUCUUCCUUAAGCACUGAGUCCAACCUAGGGUACAUCGUCGGAGAUAGCAGGCACCUGCAGAACUGUACAGCCCAUCGGUUCACACCCAUUCAACUCAUAACCCCUGGAUCCUGACCAGGUGGCUGUUAAACACAGCAGCAGGUUUAGGUUGGCCUGUCUAGUUUAGAAGCACCUGUUUAGACUCUCAGUAUGGCCUCUCUAUACAUUAUGAACCUUUUAUCCAUCAUGCCAAUUCUCUUUUGACCGUUACCAAUAAUGUGUUUUCUGUACGCUUACGUUGAGUAUAUAAUGCCAAAAUAGACACACAAUGUAUUUGUAUGUUGAAGACAAAGUACAUUAUUCAAUGUGCCUUGGGAGAUGGACCAGAAAGUAGUGCUAUCCCUGUUGUGUCCAGAUCCACUGCCUCACAGCUUCGUCUAUGUGCAGAAAUCCAACCUGUCUCUGAACUCACUGUCCUGUAGGAACUGCUCAGCCUGUCACCAUCCACUGGGUCUGAUGUUUGUGUACAUUUGUAAUUAACACUGAAUAAUUGCACAUCAACUGUACAGCUUUUUCACUUAAAUAAAACAUUACCAAUGUCCAAAA